AUGACAUUUCCUAACUACAUAAAAGAGGCAGUUUAUUUCUGCCACUUGUCAAGCUCUCACCUCCUUCCUCGACGUCGUUGCCCACCGCCUUUCUUUCCUAAUCCACCGCCUCCAUCUCUCCACCGCCUUCUUCUUCUUCUCAUAAAUACAUUCUCUUAUAUAUUCUUCAGCAGGCUUCUCACGUACGUUUCAUCUCUCACCGCCUUCUUUUUCUUCUCUCCACCGCCUUCUUCUUCUUCUCUCCACCGCACCGCGGAGAGUCGGAUCCACCUCCGAUCUCAGUACGUCCAAUUCUCCUCCGUUGUUCUAUCAUCCGGCUCCGCUGCCUCCCGUAUCGAAAAGCUCCAGGAAGGUCUCCGCCUCCUCGACAACCAGCUCCGCCACGAGGUCCUCUCCCGCCACCAAGACCUCAUCAACCAGCUCUCCUCCCUCAAGGCCUCUGAAUCUUCCCUCUCCUCUCUCCGCUCCUCGCUGUCAUCUCUUAAUUCGUCCCUCCGCCAAGCCCGCUCUGAGCUCUUCGAUCCCCACUGCGUGAUCGCUGUACAGACUCUCCAGCUCACAAAUUUACACUCUACCUCUGUCCUUGUCCAGUCUACUAUUCGUAUUCUUCGACUGGUUCGGAAGCUUCAAAAUCUUGUUAAUUCCCAACCCGACCCUGAAAAAUGGGAUCUUCCUAAGGCAGUGAAGUUGCAUUUUGAAAUCUUCACACUGUAUAAUAAGUCCCAUUUAUCGGGGACUGAUGCCAUUGAUUCGGAGUUAAAAUGGGUGAUUGAGAUUGGAUCGAAAAUUCGAGCUGAGGGGAUGAAAAUAUUGGAGAAGGGAUUGGAGUGA